AUACUUAAUAUUAUGUAACAAUAUUAUAAUAUUUUAUUUAUCAUGUCUCUAAAAUGCAUUUGGGUUGACUACUGUGAAAAUGGUUCAAUACAUGGGUUGAGGCACGUUAUUCAGAAAGACGAGAAACCAUGGAAGAGAUUUAUGUGGAUACUGUUGUUGGUUGUCGCCAGCAUAGCUAUAGUGGUUUUGGUUUCGGCAUCUUGGGAGAAGUAUUCUUACUCUUCAAUGGAAGUUGCUGUUGAUGACCCUCGUUAUCCACUCACCAAGAUUGAUUUCCCUGCAGUUACUAUUUGUCCAAUCAGCAAAAUCAUAUAUUCAAAGGCUCUCAAAUUAGUGCUUAAUAAACAUUCCAACGAUUCUGACUUGAGAACUAAGUGGACGAAUUCGUUAAUAGCACUUGCAAGGAUGCAAUUCCCGCAUAACACGAAUCUAUAUUAUAUUAUUCAGAAUACACCUACGGUCAAAAUACCCCUGGACGAUAUAUCUGAUCUCAUGUUAAAAUUGGCACCAUCCAUAGAAGACAUAUUCAUAAAAUGCUUUUGGAGAGGCGUAACGUACAAAUGCAGGGAUAUCCUGCGGUUUCAACGUACCGAAGAAGGGUUUUGUUAUUCAUUUAACAGCCAAACGGCCGAGAGAAGUACAAAUGACGUAAGCAAUAUUAACCCACCGUUUGUUGGACCAGAUGGAAUACUCAUUCCACUUCGAAACAACGCGGCAGGCAAAGAGACCGGACUAAAAUUAAUCAUGAGCAACAUGAGCAGCGAAUUUUUCCCAACCGACAAUCGAAGGAGAGGCUUUAACGUGAUGAUACACUCUCCCGAUGGCUUUCCGGACGUGGCGACUGCCUACAAGGUUCACGCGGUACGCGAUCGCAUCACGCGGAUAUCGGUGAGCGUGGCCCAGGUGGAGGCGGACGAAUCGCUCAACCGUCUUGACAUUCAGAACAGCCAGUGUUAUUUGUACAGAGCAAAGGCGAAGAACCUCAGCUCACUGUUCUACAAGAGCAGCAACGAGGACACGUGUUUCAUCAAGUGUAGGAUGAGGGCCAUCUACCAGGCGUGCAACUGUACACAGUACUUUUUCAAAUUGUACAAAGGUCUUGGAACCCAUUGUGGAAUUGAACACAUACCUUGUUUGAUUGCGAACGAUAUACUUCAACGCAACCCCAAAAUCCCAGAAGACGAACCAGGAUUUCCCAAAUGGAGUAUACCAUUUUCCAUGAAUUGCAGAUGCAGACCGCCUUGUUCGUUUACUACGUAUACGACCGAGCUUCGAUAUGAAUUUCGACAAUUUAUUAAUGAAGAGCCAUCGUCCUCGAGAUACGAUGUAUUCCUAGAAGUCAAUUACAGAGAGCUGUUUGCUACAAGCUAUCGUCGAUCCAUGAGAUAUACCACUCAAGAUUUGUUGGUGUCUUUUGGUGGAGUGGCCAGUCUGUUUCUCGGUUGUAGUCUGGUCAGUAUAGUGGAAAUACUUUACGUCAUCUACAAGUCAUUCUUGGUGAUUGUGCGAAAUCAAUACAACAACUACAAGUUAAACAACAAUCCAGCUUGGUCAGAUGCAACUGCGAUAUAAGCGAUUUUAUAUAAUAAUUAAGACUUGCAAUUAUAUGCACUAAAAAAU